AUGGUCAGCAGGUCAGGCAAGUCGACGCCUGAUUCCAACUCGCUGGCUUCAUACACUCAGUCGUUGAAUUUAUCAAGUAAUACUCCAACUAGAACCCAUCCUUACGCUUCAGAGGACUAUUACUCUGGUGAUACUAUCAGUGCCAGCGAUGGUCUAGCUUCCAUUGACUGUACCCAGACUGAUUUCUUUUAUAACCAAGACAUGCUUGGCAUUCCCCAGCCAGAUAGCGUCCACGUUCCUCUUAAUACGCAGCACCCGUACCAGAUUUCAAGACCUCCAAGCUUGACUUCUCUUUCUACCUCUGAUAAAACCUCUAUUAGCUCCACCAAGCGAUUCGAACCUCCUUCUCCCAACUACCCAAAUCAGUCCUUUGAACCUCCUCCAAAGUUUUCGAGGCUCGCUCAGUUCAAUAAGGCUGCAAAUGACGUAGUCAAUCUCAACGGUGAUACAAGCUCUGUUUACUCCAGAGCUUUGCCUCAAUAUUCUCAUCACCCAUCUCCCUUGUCUUACACCACCACCGCUCCGUCUGAUCAGGAUUUAUUGGGUUUGCCUCAGCAAUACCAGUCAAACAUGCCCUGCUAUCCUCCAGUUCCUUCUCCUCAGUAUAGUAGCAACAUACCUGACUACUACAACAGCUCGUACUACCCAAUGUCGACUCCCAUGUCUCAGACUCCAGGUCCUCAAAACCGCAAGUCUAGGUCAUCGAGUGUGUCACAAAAUUCAUGCUAUUCGCAGCAUUCGAAUGUCUCAAACAUGUCAAAUCACUCAACCAAUUCCAGAGUCUACGGCGGUUGGGGAGCUCAUCAACCACAGCUCGCCAUGACCGGUAUUCGACAAUCCCAUGUCCCAGCACCGACCCGGAUAUCUUCUCUAGAUCAUACCCAGCUGUUUGCUCCAGAUGUUACUCAGAUAGAGUCAGAUGUAAUGUCCUCGACUCCUAUGUCGGGCGUUCUCAGUCCUGAUAUGGCUUAUGCGAGCAGCAUUGCAAGCGAUGGCGCAAGCCUGUCUGACAGCAUGUCAGGUAGUAUGUCUGGCAGCGUUGCUCCAAGUAUUGCGACAAGCAUGUCUGCCGCAUCAGAUACCGGUCCCAUGUCGAUACGUCCUAUGCCGAUCAGGAAGAGAGCACAAACACUCGCUACAUCUAAUCAUCCAAUGCCUCCUUACCUGCGGCAAUCAAAAAACCACCACCCUUCGAUACUUGAGACUAUGGACAGCAGCAAACCACGACCCCGGUCGCGUUCUUCGACGAUGAGCAGUGGCGAUGACGGUAGCCAGAUGACUUCGUUCAAUCCGGAAUUGAAGGAUGUGCUAGAUGAUAUUUUCUUCCAAUUUAUGAACGAUCUCUGCUCAGACUUGGGAGCCACGGAUUCGCGAGGAGAGCUAAUACACCAGACGCUCAUGGCAAAGAAGAUGGAAAAGCUAGAUCAGCUGGAUGAGUUCCGGCCUUUCAAAUUCCGUAUUCAAGCAUUUACGUCAGCGUUCCAAGAUCGCUUGCUCCAGCACAAUAUUGAUGAAGGUAUCAUGCCGUCAAAGCGCGUAAAAGUAUACCUAUGGUCAUCGCCUUUUAUAUCUCGGUUCAACGAGGAUGGAAAGAAAGCCAAGAGCAAGGGUAAUCAUAUAUGGAACAUAAGUGCGAAAAAAGACCGGCAUAACAAUUGCUGGGUAUUUGAAGAAUUCUCGCCUAGGAUCACUGGUGAACCGCCCAAGGUAGCGUAUAUUGGAGUGCCUUGGUCGUUCACGCCGCGAUUGUGGGAUCCACGGAACUCAUUUGCUCAAAUCAAGCCAACAUUUAGCUCUCCCGCACUACCACCUUGGCUCAGUUGGGUAUCUAGACCAAGCACGCGAGGAAGUACGCGGGGAGAGAUAGUCCACACACUCACAGGUAUUCCCGACGUGACAGCAACAACAUCCGAAAUACAAGACAUUCAUUCUUUACACAGCGAAUCAGACCUCGUUGCCACUGCAAACACAGCCAACGGGACUGCCAACCAUAAAAAGUUCUCCUAUCGACACAUCAGCACAGGGUCUAACGUAUUCACCGUCACCUGA